UGUUUAGAGUGGAAAAAUGAGAAAGAAGAGAGAGAGAGAGAGAAGGAUCCAUCUCGAUCGAAGAAAGAAUGGGAGCAGGAAAGCAUACGGCAGAGUUCUUCAAGAGGAGGGAUGAGUGGAGGAAGCAUCCGAUGCUCGGAAAUCAGAUACGUCAAGCCACUCCUGGUCUCGGCAUAGCCCUCGUCGCCUUUGGUGUCUACCUUGUCGCCGAACAAGUCUACAACAAGAUCAAUGCUCCAUCCUCUUCUCACCACGUGAAUGCUGGGGAGCACUGAGGAUGGUCAAUUCAUCCUUUCCUGUCGUUUUCUUUCUCUAAACAACUGGUUGGUUGCUUGGUUAAAUAAGCUUAUAUUUGGCACAUUGUUUUCCUUUUUUAUAUAUAAUUUUAGGGUAAAUUUCCGACAUUAUUGGGUUUGUAUAAUGAAUGAAUGAACAUGUAUGUGGCAUUUCUGAAAUCUCUAUUCUACCUGUUAUUUUUUAAGUGACUCAGUAACUAACUACAUUUUGAUAUUUUAAUUCCAAUUCGGAUGUGCUCUCAA